GAGCAGCAAAGAAAGAUUUUGCUGGGCGCGCGCGAUACGCCAUCAUCGCCUUGCGGCGAUUUUUGACGAGCAGAGAGGCAGUUGUAGGAAGCAGCGCAAAUUGGCGACCGAGGAGCAGCCGUUGGCAACAGCAGCGCGCGCUCGCCAUCCGGCGCUGCGCAAAGCAACAGCGAUUAGCGAUGAAGCUGGCGAGGAGGCGAAUGCGGAACUGUCGCCCGGUGCAGAUGGCGGCGGCGGCGGCGGUGCGUCGGCAGCAGCGUCGUGCCAGCAGCCCACGGCAACGAUCGUGUGCACCAAAGGCGAGCCGCUCUGCAGCGAGGACAUCGCCGGCAUCACGCCGCCGCAGCAGCAGCAGCGUAACACGCUACCGCCGGUUGUUCACUCGCAUUCGGUGCCGCCAAUGCGCUCCUCCAGGCUCCACGACAUAUCGGCAAUGAGCGUGGCUGUGGUGGACCCGUCGUGUACGGUGGGAACAACAUACUGUCGCGAUGGCGGUGGCAUUUUGCCCCUGGGCAACUAUCUGAUACCACCAAAGUCUGUGAUACAGGAUGAUAUUCGAAUGAAAUCUGGACGAUUCGAGUUGGUAAAAAAGAAGGGCAGAUCGGAAGUCUGGAAUCUGUUUGGUCAGGUUCGUUAUUCAGAAGCCACAGCAGAAAAAAAUACAUGCGAUGAAUUCGGAUGA